CAAUUUUGAACAAAUCUGCCGCGAGAAUAUUGUUCAUCUCGCAUGCGAAAUGGGAUCCGUACACUGUCGAAGUGAUGCAGCCAGACUGUUACGCCGACACAUCGAACUGAAUGAAGAUUUCCAUCACAACAUAAGGCAAGUUCUUCGAUGCGCAUCGAUGAGAAGCGCCUCUCGCACUGAGUUCAACACCAUGUGGAAUCUCUUGCAAACGCUGCCGGAAGACGAUUUUAUUUCACGUUACGAAAUCAUUGACAUGUUGGGAUGUACAACGUCCAGACCAUUGUUGAACGAAUUCGUUAGAUCUGCGUACAAUUUGUCAAUUUACAGCGAAUUCGAACAGUACACCGUCAUCAAUGCCGUACUGCAAAAUGGUGGAAAUUUGGGUAUUGGUCUGACACUCGAAUUCUUCAUCGACAACUACGAAGAAACUAUCGAGAUCUUCGGUUCAUGGUUUGUGCAAAAUCUAGCGUAUUAUAUUAGCAAUGCCGAGCACAUCGAACGCUUUAACGUUUUCCAAGACAUUUUAAUCGAUGCCGGCCUGAUAGAGCCGGAUGAAGUCGAGUUUAAUAGGGAAGUAAUUGAAAGGUCCGUUAGCUGGUUAAACGAACAAGGCGAGGAGAUCAAUACUUGGCUCGCAGAAAAUUUUGCUUAGAUUUCGAUGUUUUACC